UUAAUAUUGAAUAUUUAAAGAGAACAUAAAAAAUAAGUAUACAAAAUAUUACAGUUGAAGCUAAUAAGCUUCAUUUUUAAACAUCAAAAGUGGAGAAAAUUGUUAGAAAUAAGGAGUGGGCACUUUAUUUUGGCGGUCACUGUAAAUAUGAUGAUCUGCUCUGUUCCUUGUUUUGUUCUCUCUCUCUCUCUCUCUCUAUCUCUCUCUCUCUCUCUCUCUGAAAAUUGGUUCUCAAACUGUUUUGAUAAACCAUUUUUGGCGUUUUUACACCUUUAUGCCGAUAUUUACAAUAACCUUUUGACUGUAUCACCAAGAGUUUUUUGUAAAUAGUUUUUCUCUUCUUUAAUUGAUUAUUUAAUCAUUCAACACUCAAUUUUUCUGCAAAUGCUACAUUUAAAUAAGUAAUGCAGAACAGGAAGAACUUUCCCACCGCUUUAAAUGCCAAACGGUCGAUAAACCCUUUCGCUUGGUUCCUUCUGAAAAAAGCUCUCUGUAAACCAAUCGAAGCAACCAGCUAAAAGCCCUUCCUAGUUCCUUCGGUUGCAAGUUGAAUGAACUUUUGCAGGCGACAGCCAUCGUCGUUAGCAAAACCGGGCCUUGCGCCCGAAAGGUGAAACCAGUGCUAGCCUGCUCGGUUUUCGGUGGCUUGAAGCCCACAACGCCGCCACCUAAUAAGCGGGGGCGAAAGACAGACCCUAGGAGGAAGAGGUAAAGAAGGGAUGGAGAGGGAGAGGCUGCAAGGGGACAGCAGCUAGCUAGCUAACUAGCUAACCAACCAACGCGAAAGUCACCCGAGAAAGGCUGGGCACGACGACGUACGAUUACCUAAUAAUCCAUGCCCGAGGAUUCGAUUGCGGAAAGUUCAGCCACGUGCAGUCGUUCAGGUUCGCCUACUUUGCUCGCGUGGAGAUAUUUUUCGAUCACGGUGGGUUCGAAAAUCCCGGAAGAGAAGCCUACAACGGCAGCAUCCAAGUAGGUAGUGGAAAGCGAUUCUAUCGGGCGUCGGUGAGUCGAACGAAGCCUGGAACCGGAUAGAUACUUUCGCUUUUCACCGGUGUGAGGCCUUUGCCUCACAGAAACUCUUAUUACGCCGCUCUCAAAUGUUGAUCAUUUGAGAGGUCUAUUUUCAGACCGAGAAGAUCACCGAAAAUUGAAACCGAAUUGCAUUUGGUUGCAUCGCCGCCCACCAUUACCUGCGGGGGUCGUUGGACCACUUUUCCCCUCCUUACACGGACGUGCUCCAGAUGGAAGGCUGUACGAUCACUUCCGCGUCGGACGAAUCUUGUGUUCGGUGAGCGAUUCGGUAAGUUCUCUCGUCUCCGAUCGCCAUGAUGUAAUAAUGCAUGGUAAUGACGUUGGCUGCACUUUGGCAAAUAAGAGCAAGGCGUAAGACAGGAAGUGUGAGUCGGCGUGUAAUGUGUCAUUAGAUGCAUUCGUGCAUAAUAGCAUUGGAGUGUAACUGGGCGCUACUAGAGGUAGACGCGUUAUCAUAUCAUCAAGUGUCCCAAUCUUGCGUUGACUACAGUAAUGCUACUUCGGAGUCCCACUUGCAGCUGACACAUCUCGAGUACAGGACGGUUACCGUUUUCCAAGAUGGCGAGAUAAGUAUCGGAGAUGUGGCCGAUAGCGAUCGACCGGUUAUCGCAUGUUGGUCAACAGGAUUCCCCCAUUUGUGCCCUGGAACACACAUUACCUUACCGUCAGCAACGUCAGCAAACUGGGAAGGAGAUCAGAGUUUGCAUCACGGUAGCUGGAUGACGAUCUGGAACAGCGAGAGCUACGCCGUCAGGCAGACCAGUUCUUGACCAGCAGACGGAACAUUUGGACC